GUAGUUUCAGGAGAAUUUUCGUGUCCCAUUCCCUGGAGAAUGUCUCAUUGCGUGAUGUGUGGCCAAGUGUUCGAUAACAUCGGGAAUGAUUCUUCCGCUAUCCCUUCGGUCCAUUUGCCAAUAUCCGACUUGAACAACUUCGGCAUAGAGGACGACUGUCAGGGUGACGAACUUCGGAACCCGCCGGUGACUGACGAAGAAUUGUGGACGCGAUCCGGGGUUGUGUGGCAGUUGUGUCGCGUUCUCGGUUUAGAUUUGUCAGACUUUGACUCGCAAACGCCGGCUGUGGAAGACGCGAAAGAGAAACAGUUGAACGAGUUCUUGUGUGGCCAGUGUUUGACGUUGUUUGAGGAAGCGAGAGGCUUUGAAGAAUGUUUGAAGGAGGCCUUGUUGCGGCUGAGGGAACGACGGCGAUUUAUUGGCACUAGGGAUCAUUGCACAGUCAGCGAAGAAAAGCCAAAAAAAUCUGCGCCGCAUGAUUGGAUCGGCUUGGGUUUUCCCUGUCCAGAUGGGCAACCAGAGGAUGACGCUUUAGGAGCAUUUCGCAACGAGCUUUUUGUCGUAGAAGCCUCAGAAGGAAGACCGUCUCAGCAGACGGUCGGUUCUUCGUCUCCAGUUAAACAACAUCGCUCUCAAGUCGCGGCGAAUGAAGGCGGAAGUGCUGUGUCGGAAAACCUUUUCGAAUCCCCUGCGAUCCCCGAAAGAAAACUGCGAAAAUUUUGCGCAAAAAUUUUACGGAACGUUGGCAUUCAGAAAGGUGACGAUGGUGAUGCUGUGGAAGAGGAAGACAGCGUUUCUUGUUCGGUUUGCUUUGCGAGUUUCGUCCGUUCGAAAAAUGUGCGCAAGCAUUUGACGCUGCACAACGGACCCGUUUUGCGUUGUCCUAAAUGCGACAAACCAUUCGCCUCAGAGGACGAAUACCACAUUCAUUUGAUCCGUUGUGCAUUCAACGUGAGUGCGGACGAAUGGAAGAGCGGAAGCGAGCGGGUGUCUUGUCCCCUGUGCGGGAAGGCCAUCAAUAGUCUGAGAGCCUUCAAAGGGCAUCUCUUGAGGUCUCAUCUUGGGCGGAUGCAUUCUUGCAAGUCUUGUUCGAAGAAGUUUGCCAUGAGGAAUGAGUUGUUGAGGCACAUGGCGGCUGCGCACACGGCAGAAACGUGUGUGGAUUCAAUUUCCAGUGCGGAAAAUGCGAAAAAAUGUUCAACUACGCUUGUGACCGUGAUCGGCACUUCCGAGAAACUCACGUUACUUCGGAAACAGCGUUCGAAUGUUCGCCGUGCCAGAAACGCUUCAAAAACUCACGUUACUUCGGAAACAGCGUUCGAAUGUUCGCCGUGCCAGAAACGCUUCAAGUCUGGAAGAUUGCUCAAAGAGCAUGUGAACAUCUAUCACGAAAAUGAGCAUUUGUGGCGAAUUUGCGAAGAGUGCGGUGAAAGGGGAUACUUCGGAAAUGGAAAUCUCGACCAUUAUAAGCGGUGUUCAGUAGCAAAUGGGAGCGCUGUGCUAAUUUGCACGACGUGUGACAAAGUCUUCGAAACCCCUGCCAAAUUGAAAAGCCACGUGAGCCUGUGUAAAACGCCAAAACGGUUUCCCUGCGAAAUAUGUGGGAAAGUUUUCAAAUUCAAAUGCAGACUGGUAGCUCACAAAACGUGUCAUGCUGAAGGUACUGGAAGACCUUUGCUUGAUGAUGAGGAAAAAACCGCGGGAGCACGGAACGAAAUCGAAUUUCCGCAGCAGAAAAUGGAAGAUUCUGCUGAGCAAAAUUUGAACGAUGGUGGUGAAUCACUGGAUUUGCUGAGUUCUCUGAACUUGCCGAAUACUGGUGAUGGCGAACUUCCCGUGGGAGACGUGCUGUUCAGUCUAUAUCGGAGAAGGUCGAGGCUUAGGUUCAGCAUCGGUCGUCUGCCCGGAGUAAUUCUGGAUGAUGAUGUGAAUGGUGCAACAUGCGAAACACCGCGACCCCGUCGUUCGCAACCCGGUCGAGCUGCGCGCAGAUUGACUUUCUAUAGGCGGUGUUCAGUAGCAAAUGGGAGCGCUGUGCUAAUUUGCACGACGUGUGACAAAGUCUUCGAAACCCCUGCCAAAUUGAAAAGCCACGUGAGCCUGUGUAAAACGCCAAAACGGUUUCCCUGCGAAAUAUGUGGGAAAGUUUUCAAAUUCAAAUGCAGACUGGUAGCUCACAAAACGUGUCAUGCUGAAGGUACUGGAAGACCUUUGCUUGAUGAUGAGGAAAAAACCGCGGGAGCACGGAACGAAAUCGAAUUUCCGCAGCAGAAAAUGGAAGAUUCUGCUGAGCAAAAUUUGAACGAUGGUGGUGAAUCACUGGAUUUGCUGAGUUCUCUGAACUUGCCGAAUACUGGUGAUGGCGAACUUCCCGUGGGAGACGUGCUGUUCAAUAUCGGAAAAACAGCUCCGAAUCCAAGUCGUAGCCAGCAGACGGGCCUCAUUAAGACCUACUACUACACUUACCACGUUGUACGCUUUGUGGCGCUGGGGCAGCAAGCGUUGGGCCAGCUCGACGCGCGUCUAACUGAUUCUAUAGUGGCUGUGCUCGAUGCUCUGGCGACUGAACUCGUCUCUGAGCUGGGCCAACAUGCCGCAGAUGCGACCCAUGCUGCGAAGCGGGUCACUAUGAUGCCCAAGGACGUGGACGCCGCCGUGGACGUUGUUUUUUCCGGCCGGGUCGCCACUCGGAUCCACGACGCCAUCGGACAUGUGGCCCAGUCUGUGGCGGAGUCGUAUUGCAGACAGCGGGGCGCCAUAUCGAGAAAAAGUGCCAUGCUGAAAAUGCGUAGAAGAUUUUGGCCUCGCGUCGCGAUCGAUUGGGCCUCUUGCGCGUUCGUGGUGUCCAUUUCCAUUAUAACGUACGUGUUCGAAGUGUUCUUUGUUUUGCCCGCGCUCGGAGUGUCGCACAACGUACCCACCGUGUUGGGCAUGUUUGUUCUGCUCAAUAUUUUGGGCAACCUGGGUUGUCUCAUGGCUACGGACACGUCGUGCAGCUCGGACUUAAUUGGCGUUCCCGACGUGAUGCAGGCUCAACGAGAAAACUGGAGGUUGUGUUACGACUGUGGUGCUCUGGCUCCACCUCGGGCCUGGCACUGCAACGUGUGCAAGACGUGCAUUUUGAAGCGGGAACAUCAUUGCAUGUUUGCCGGGUAUUGCGUCGGGCAUCGGAAUCACAGGUUUUUUAUGCUGUUCCUGGCGUACAUAUGGGUCGGAAGUUUGUAUUCCUUGUUUUAUCACUCCCAGUACCUGUACUCAUUUUUCCAACUCUCGCACAUCUUCGACUUGAUGCGAUUCUUCACUCCACUCAUGUUUCUGUUCUUCGGAUUCAGUGAAGUGCCGGUUGCGUUAUCGUGCUUUAUUUUUUCCAUCAAUCUCGGCGGAUUUUUGUUUGUGACUGCCAUGCUCGUGUUUCAUUUGCGAUUAAUUUUCGUGAAUCGAACUUCGCACGAAGAUGCGCACGGCGAAGUCGAGUAUCAUUUGGGCAGUGGUUUCAAAAAUAUGAAGGAAGUGUUCGGAGUGAGAUGGUUUCUCACGUGGAUUUUCCCGUUCGUACCUUCUGCCCUUCCGUCUGAUGGUACUAAAUGGGAUAUUCUCUCGCGUGAUCCUGAGGUUGUGUACAAGAAUCAGUAGUACUGUAUGUUGUUCGAGGUUUGCUUUUAUCGUUGCAAAAAAUGCAAUUCGACUUUUUCGCUGUGCAUUAAAGUAAAUCUUGUCAAAGGUGGUGCUCGUGUAAUGUGUUCUCUGCGAUGUCAGCUCUAUAUUUUUUGAACAACGGACUUUUUCACAGGAUUCUCUUGCUUUUUGUUGUUAGUUCUUCGGAAUAGAAUCGAUGUUAAGCUGAAAAUCAUAUUCCUUCGGGAGAAAGAAAAAAGCUACCGAUCGAGUAUUGCUAGUCGAUUAACUGUUACAAAUCGUGAUAACUUCGAUGUAUUCGCUGUUUUUCUAGAAGCAUUGUAAUUGAAUGCUUGCUUUAAACAAUCAGCACAAAUAUGUUUUUCAUCAUUUUUUGACCGCCUAAUCCCUGAAGCUGCUCAGGAUAUGGGUUCUCUAAAUUCUAAAAGGAGUGAAAGCGCAAUAUCUGCUCAUGGCUUUCUUCUCGAGGGUUCAUCGGAUUUUUAUACUCGGAGGGGUUUAAACCAAGGGAGAAAACUAAACUUUUUGAGUGUGCUAACCUGUGAUUCUAAGGCAGGUACGAACCCAGGAACACCUCGAAAGAAGUUUGUUUCGGAUGCCCUUCCUGUCGCACUGAUCAAAUCUUGUAUUAUGUCUUUUGCAUUCACGAUCUCUGUCGUCGACGCUUGAUUGAGAGGCAUUAUUAAAAUGAAGAACAUUGUUAA